UAAUGUGGACGAUGUGGAGUUAUAGUUGUGGACCAUCGAAAAUAGAUAGAUCUGUUCUCAAUGGUUGGACGGUGGUUGUAGGGGGAGUUUCUUAUCUUCCUAACGAAAAAUUCAUAAUUUUUGCGUGCAAAUGGCUACCGAUUCAGUCAAAUGUCAAAAUAAUCUCGGUGGAACUCAUCAAGAGCACUGUUCAAACGCGCUUGAUGUUUCCAUGGAUGCGAGGACAGAUCCUGGAGGCAUGGAGUAGUAGAAGAGGCUCGCGAGAGGACGGGAGGCAUUCAUCUACCGCCUCAACUGGGAGCCCAGGAAAGCCCUCAGGAAACUCUAACAACGCUAUGCUUGAGUCCUCACAACUAGACACCAAUAGUUUCUCUAUUAAUAUCAUCAGCAAAGAGGGAAAUAUCCUAGGGGUCAAUGUCAGGCCAGAUUUUACCAUUGAAAGGAUUAAAACGGUCGCGAUAAAACAUUUUUAUAGACAAGACCCUACUAGACUUACUUCACGUUUUAGAUUAGUUCAUGCAACAAAGUUCAAAUUGCUAGUCGAUGAUAGAAAACUUGAGGAUGAAGACAUAACAAAUUCUGAUGAAUUAAUGCUUGUUGAAAACAACCCUCCUACAACAAAUGAGAACUUGACAGAACAAGCGUUACAAGGUCCCAGUGAAGAAGUGAUCGCUCAAAUAACCGCGGAAAUACCGCUUAAAAAUCUUAAACGACCUGUGCCUAGUAUCGCAGACUCUGAAAUCGACUUUCAGAAUGAGAUACGAAAGAUUCUUAUCACCCUUGUACAAACUUCAGCAAAGCUAUUAAACCAUAGUCCUGAAGCAACUAGAAUUUGUGAAAUUAUUAAGGAAAAAUGGGAGGCAAGAAACAACCGGGCAAAUGAUCCUAAGGCCGUUAAAUAUCUUGUAGAAAUGGGAUUUUCAGAAAAGAAUGUGCUGAAGGCACUGCGUCUCUACAAUAUGAAUAUAUCGGAAGCACUUGAGUGGCUUAUAGACCAUGGAGAUAGUCCUGAGCUAGAAGAUAUUGAAUUCCCGUCUCUGGAUAUCCAAUUAGACAUGGAUCCAGGGGGGCCUAGUUCGUCAGGUUUAUCGAGUAGAAGGAAGAGCCUCAAAGGCGCAUGUAUGGAUUUAUUGAAAGGAGGGAACCUGAGCUCGAAGAGGGAACCGAAUUUAAUAAACAUUGUCACUGUGCUUGUGGAAUCCUUUCGACAAAAUAAAAAGCUGGAAUUUAAACCAAAUGUGAGAAUCAUGUCGUCUCUUCAAGAAAUGGGUUUUGAAGAGAAGAAAAUCAAUGAAGCACUCCGAGUCACUGGCAAUAAUCAGCCAAAUGCGUGCCAAUGGCUGUUGGGUGAACGACGCCGCAGCCUACAGGACUUAGACGAGGGAUUAGACCCAGAUGGACCGAUCUACAAAGCGAUUAUGUCAAACCCCCACAUUCAGCUAAGCCUCACCAGACCUACAAUGUUACUUGUGUAUCUUUCUAUGCUGGAGCGUCCGACAGCUGCAGAAACUUGGAUCAAUGAUUUAGAGGCUUCACCAGUGCUAAGUCAAAUAUAUAGGACCUACUAUGAUGAGAAACACAUCAUGCAGGAUACCACUGUUAUUAACUUGCCCAGUGGCGCGUUAAAGUUCAUUUAGUUGAUAAAAAAAAUUAUUUAAGAAAGAAUCAAAUAAAUAUAAAUUAUUGUUAAACUGUUCAAGCUAGUCGUUAUUCAGUUUGUUAACAAAUUCAUUAGCGUUUUGAAAAAUUUUAGUCGUUAGUGUAAAGACACUCCAUUGUCAAUUAACAACAAGAAAGUAUAUAAAGUGCUUGCUUAUUAAACUUAUUCGAGACUA